AUGAGCGGCCCAUUCACUGUUGGUGCCAGCACCACAGCCAAGGGGAAAUCCACAGCCUCAGUCGAGGCACUUGACGUGAACCUUGGUAUUUCAGCGACGAGGCCUAUAGUACCCACCCCAUUCCACACGGGCAAGCUGCGCAACACAUUCCCCAAGGAAUUCCUUCACGGACUCAAGGGCGAGCUGAUAGAGCUCAACUGGCACGAGCGGCUGAACGAUCUCUAUUGGUUCCACCAGACCGACGAUCUGGCGCUGAACGGAAAGCAGCACAUCAAGGCAUUGAGGGACUACCUUUCGGGCGAAGAGUUUGUCGGGUUCAUGGAGAAGAUCACUGGCACACAACUCGCCCGCGGAUACCUUGAUAUUGCAGCGCAGCGGUACAAGAAGGGAAACCAUUUGCUGUGCCACGAUGAUGACGUCCACCGGGGAAAGCUGACGCGCCGGAUUGCAUAUAUCAUCUACUUGGUUGACGAGGAUUGCGAUGAUGACAGGUAUCCAACAGAGGUUGUCUCGCAUAUUGUGCCAGAGUUCAACUCGAUCGGAUUUUUUCUCACUGGAAUGGUGUCUUACCACACGGUAGAAGAGGUCACAGUGCGGGACCCGGCACGCGAGAGGUGGUCAGUAACCGGCUGGUUUUACGGACCGAUCACCUCGGACACAUCGGCAUGUGAGGAGAACCUUCCCAGACUCUCGUCCUCGGCUCUCCCACAAAUGCUGCCGCUAGACGAUCAAAUUGCCGCUGAAAAUGACCAGACAGAGUGGGCCAAAUGGAUCAGCCCAGAUUAUCUAAAAUCAGCAGUGCAAAGCCGAAUCCAAGACACAUUCUUGGAACAAAGCAGCGUUGAGCUCCGCCAUUUCUUGCGUGCGGAGGUUUUCAGCGCUGUGCUGAGCGACAUGGACGACUCUUUCUGGGCCAAAGCGACGCUACAAGGCCCAGCACAUUUGCGUAGGUAUCUUGAAGCAACACCAUCUGCUUCGCCUACUGUGGCUGGACUAGCAUUGUUUUUGAGAUCCACGAGCUUUGCUCGUCUUCUCGCAGCCCUUACAUCGCUGGACCUCAUCAGCGCAUCGCAGCAAGUGCGCAAGUUUGAGCGCGGCCAUUACACAUUGAUUCACGACCAGGCAUUGGAGCCGGCUGGGCUCGACGCUACGAUAUCCUUGCAAAAACCUAAGCUUGCGGAUGAUGAUCAGGAGUUGGCCUGGGAAGAGUCUUGGGGAGGCGCGACCCACUAUAUUGCGGACAAGGAUGAGCUGCUGCGCAUCAGUCCCGAAUCUAACUCGCUCUCGCUAGUUCUGCGCGAUGAAGGCACGCUGCGCUUCGAAAUAUCUAUGGUCUUUAUCGAGCAGCCCUCUGACGAAGAUGAAGAUGAAGAUGAGGAUGAGGAUGAAGAAUUUUCCGCAGAGAGUGGUGCCGAAUGA